CCUUAUUGAUUAGCUUACGUUUGCUAUAUCUAGAGCGUUUUAAAGUUUUAGAUGACUAGUUGGGGAGUAAUGGCAGGGCAGUUGGGAUGGGGUCUUAUUGAAGAGGGUUGGAGGAAGGGUCCAUGGACUGCUGAGGAAGACAGGUUGCUCAUGGAGUAUGUGAGAUUGCAUGGUGAAGGAAGAUGGAACUCUGUGGCUAGGCUUACAGGAUUGAAAAGAAAUGGAAAGAGUUGCAGAUUGAGGUGGGUAAAUUAUCUGAGGCCGGACCUUAAGAGAGGACAAAUAACUCCAAAUGAAGAGAUUAUUAUACUAGAGUUACAUGCUAGAUGGGGGAACAGGUGGUCAACAAUUGCGCGUAGCUUGCCAGGGAGAACUGAUAAUGAGAUUAAGAACUACUGGAGGACCCAUUUCAAGAAGAAAUCCACACUGUCUCCUGAUAGUUCCGAAAAGGCGAAAAAUCGCCUUCUGAAGAGGCAACAGUUUCAGCAACAGCAAGAGUUGCAGCUCCAGCAGCAGCAGCAGCAGGAGCACUUGCAACAAUUGCAACUACAACAACUCAAUCAAUUGGACAUAAAAAGAAUCAUGUCCUUACUUGAUGAUAAUAAUGACCAGAAAGUAGCAACAUUUGGAGUAGUUCAAUUGCCAAGGCAAGAAGUGGUCACUACUACUACUAGUAGUAGUAGUUUGAACCCUCAGACAGCAAGUAGUGAGGAGGAAGACUUCUUUUAUCCAAUUUUCAGCAGUACUAUUGGAAUUGGAAACAAUAGUGGGAGUGGUGGUGUCCAUGAUCAGGCCUCCAAUAACUAUGAGGACAAUUUAUGGGAUGGGUUGUGGAAUUUGGAUGAUAUGCAUGGAAACUUUGGUGUGGGAUGUGCACUUCCAAGCAAGGCUAGCAGUGUGCACAACUUAGUUGCUCCUUUUUGCUAACUUUAUCUUCUAAUUUGAGUCUCUUUUUUUAUAGUUUUCCUUGUAGAAUCAAGGGAGAUAUAUAUGGUCCUUACAUAUUAUGCAUGUUUUGGAAGUUGGGUUGUAGCAAUUGUAGUCCUAGCAAAAAUGUUAUGGACCCAUCUUACUUUUAUGAGGCAAUGUAAUUUUGCAUGG